UCGCAGCAGAAUAAAAAAUCGCCGCCGCCGCCGCCGCCGCCGCCGCUGCCCGUCCCCGCAACCCAACGCCUGAUUCGCUUCUCCAUCUGCUUGCAUUCAACCGGGUUGUGGAGGAGGAGUAGGAGAAAUCCGGUGGAUAUCGAUCGGAUCCAGAUGAACACUCGACUGGAUUCCGGCGGACAGAAGUAAAUCCGGAGUCGGUUUUUUCGUAAAUCGCAGAAAUCGAGGUACAGAUAUUCAUGCUGCCUCGAUGUGUUGGAAUCAACAAGAUGAACAAUUAACAUCCGAAGCACAAAGAAUUUCGGAUAAAUCCAACUAAUCGAUCGAUCGUAUAUGCAACUAGUGCAUAUACAUAUCUAGUAGAUUCCUGUUCAUAAUUUGGAGGAGGAAGAUCAGUUAUGAGUUACCGGCGAUUUGUGAAUCUGGUGCUUGAUAAGGUCCAAGGCAACUACACAGUGCGGCGCAUGGACAUGUCACGCUUCUUCCUCCCCCGUAAAUUGGCAACGCCGCUGGACGCCGGAGCACACGACGGCGCGGCGGCGGUGGAGUACGGCAAUCUGCCAUGCCCGGUGAUGAGCUUCCGUGCAUCGGUCUGCCCGAUGGAGACGAUGGAGUUCAUGCUCCUUGGUGGAAGGCAUAACAAGAUAGUCGGCACCGACCUGACGGGGCGCACCCUCCUGUACGACCCCGACGAGCACGUCGUCCGCUCCCUGCCCACCCUCCCCAUGCCCAAGUUCUCCCCCGUGUCCCUCACCAUCGGCGACGACGACCUUUACAUCCUCGACGACAUCCAGGGCCCGUUCACCGGCGGCCAUGAUCACUGCUUCCACGCCCUAACCUAUAGUAGGGAGAGCUUCACCGACGCCGACGGCGACUGGUGUUGCCACACUCUCCCGCCGCCUCCUUACAUGGUGAAGCAACGCGGCGACUUCCAAUUCGACUCCUACGCGGUGGUGGAUGGGGUGGACAUCUGGAUAUCCAAGCAAGGCGUCGGCACCUACAGGUUCCACACGGAGCGCGGAGAGUGGAGCGCGGUGGCGAGCGGCGGCGAGUGGUGCGCGAUGCCGUUCACCGGCCUCGCCGUGUACGUGCCGGAGCACGGCCUGUUCUAUGGCCUCGCGUCCGGCACCGACAACGUCCUAUCUGCGUCUGAUCUCAUUAGCGGCGGGAGAAAGCCGGAGCAGCACAGCCUCCUUCCUCUGGAGUACACGCCGCCCAAGGCGUUGACGCAGGUGUCUUCCCACCUCGUGCACCUGGGCUCUGCCAACUUCUGCAUCGCCAGGUUCUUCGAGACCGGCUUCUUCGACGCCGACGAACAACACAACCCGGAGCUGUUCGCUGUGUUCACCGCCGUCGAGGUGGAGCGCUGCGACGACACUGGAGUGCUCCGCCUCGUGAAGCACAAGUCGGAGAUGUACAAGCUUAUCAGCGAAAUAUAUUAUUGGGUGCUUUAAUCAGCUAUUACUCCCUCCGUUUCAGAUUAUAUUUAUUAAAAUCAAAUGCUUAAUUUAUAUUGGGUCCGUGAGGGGACAGUAAAGUUCUUUGCUUAAUUUAUAUUUCUUAUUUCCCAAUUUCCUUGUAAAUCAGAUGAUAUAUUUUGCUUGGAGAUAUCAUUGGUUUUUCCUUGUAAAUCUUUUUACUAAUUCA